UUAUAGAAAUCCAAAGUGAAACGUGUCUUGUGUUACGUAAAGUGAAAUAAAAAAAUGGUUAAUAAAAUAAUCAAGUUGUAUUUACCAUCUAUAAAUGUGACGUCGUCAAAAACAGUGUCCGAAGCUGAACAAAUAUCAAAAUUGCGAGCAUCACAGUCUCCAAUAGCGAUCUCCGUGCACCGAUGCCCGACCUGGUCUUCUCUCGAUCCUUUGCAAUUUCGAGGAUACUGGGACAACUCUGCUAAUGGCACUUUACUUAAUACAGGACAAACAGCAUACUUCACAUUUGAUUCUUCCGCGCGUCCACGGCUCAGUGGUGGGCCACUUAUUGGGGAAUACAUUUUCGAACAGAUGCAUUUCCACUGGUCUGUAGACGAUUUUACUGGCUGCGAACACGUAUUGGAUGGACACGGAUAUGCAGCUGAAUGCCAUUUAGUGCAUUACAAUACUAAAUAUCAAUCUCUGGAAGCGGCAGUUGCACAUCCCGAUGGGCUGGCAGUCGUUGGUUUUCUACUGGAAGUGGUUGACGCCCCUAAUCCAAGCUUUGAUGAAUUCGUCGAGGGGUUAGAGAAGAUUAAGAAACGCGAUCAAACAUGUGAUGUCUCUUCAGAAUCACUCGCUUGGAUGGAUCGAGAGGAUCUGAGUAGCGGCAACUAUGUCACGUACAAAGGAUCAUUAACCACGCCUCCUUACACUGAAUGUGUUACCUGGAUAAUUUACGAGAAGCCAGUGCAAAUUGGCAGUGAACAGCUGGGUCUACUGAGGCAAUUGGAGGGUCCGGACAGCAUUCCGAUAGAGAGAAACGUUCGGCCCACGCAGCGACAUCCUCCAGGUCAUUCCGUCAUAUACGUGAAACAAGUGAAAGCUAAACUAUAAAUUAUUAGUGAAUUUGAGACUACACAAAGUGAUAUAAUACAAAUAACUAAAACGAUACAACUAGUGAUUAGUAUUCCAGUGUUUAACAGUGUAUAUAUUUUGAUAAGAGUGUUUUUAAAUUAAUUAAAAAGUUUCCAAAGA